GCGCCGAUGAGGCCGGCGGCGACCUGCGCGUGCCACCGUCGCGGCGUCGCCGCGCGCCCGCGCGCCGCGGGAGAGAGAAGGUAAGCGGGCACGCACGCUAUAGAUUUAAACCAACUUUGACGCGGGCCCGCCGGCGCCGCGGCCCCACGCGCGGUCGCAAAAGUCAAUCUGUUCACGGCGCGGGAAGCGUACAUUAGUAAGGGUGUCGCCACCGCCGCGGACUGACAGGGCGCGGCGAUUGCGCGGCUGCAGCAGUGCUUGGCUCGAGGCAGAGAGGGCUAAAACAAGAGCAAGCUUACGGAUCAUGAUGAAACUCACUACGCGCGUUGGUAUCGUAAUAGGCGUUGCUUUCGCGUCGAUUGUGCAAGACGUCGGGCGUUAGUUAGGCCGUGGGGAAAUCCCAUGAAACACUGGAAAGGCAGAGCAAGAUCCAG